GUGUACUAAAAAUGGCAUCAUCUCUGUCUCUCAAAUCUGCCUACAUUACUCUACCUGCUUACCUUUACAACCAAGGAAAAUGUCCAGUGACUUCUGUUUGCAAAGUAAACUUGAAUGAGAAUGGAAGUACUCAAACAUUAAGGGUGAAAAAAUACCAAUUGAAUUGCUCAAGAGAGAAAGAGAUGGAUGUCUCUACAGCAGCUUUGGUUGAUUGUGUUGCUGACUUAACGGACGAUAUGGAGGCUAUGGAAUUACCUGAUAUUGAAAUUGAGGAGCCAAUUGAGCCUAGUGUUUCAACAAUGUUAAUGAACUUCAGCAAUGAGUUUGAUCCUUAUGAUGCCAUGAGUACUCCACUGUAUCAAACGUCUACUUUUAAGCAACCUUCAGCCACAGAAUUUGGACCUUAUGAUUAUACACGGAGCGGAAAUCCAACACGGGAUGUACUGGAAAGGCUCCUUGCCAAGCUUGAGAAAGCAGAUAGAGCAUUUUGCUUUACUAGUGGAAUGACUGCUUUGGCAGCUGUAGCUCGUCUUGUUGGAACUGGUGAAGAGAUUGUUGCUGGUGAUGAUAUGUAUGGUGGUUCUGACCGCCUGUUGUCACAAGUAAUUCCAAAGACUGGAGUUAUAGUGAAACGGGUGGAUACAACUAACUUAGACGUGGUUGCCUCUGCAAUCGGACCAAAUACAAAGCUUGUCUGGCUGGAGAGUCCAACCAACCCUCGUCAGCAAAUUUGUGAUAUUCGUAAAAUAGCUGAGAUGGCUCAUGCACAUGGGGCUCUUGUACUGGUAGAUAACAGUAUCAUGUCCCCUGUACUGUCCCAUCCUUUGGAGCUCGGAGCAGAUUUUGUGAUGCAUUCAGCUACUAAGUUUAUAUCUGGACAUAGUGAUCUGAUGGGGGGCGUACUAGCUGUUAAAGGAGAAAGCUUGGCAAAGAACAUAUACUUCCUUCAAAACUCAGAAGGUGCAGGCUUAGCCCCAUUUGAUUGCUGGCUUUACUUAAGAGGGAUCAAAACAAUGGCAUUGCGUGUAUUAAAGCAGCAGGAAAAUGCACAAAAGAUUGCUGAAUUUCUAUCAUCCCAUCCUCGAGUGAAGAAGGUUAACUAUGCUGGUCUUCCCGACCAUCCUGGCAGAUCUUUGCACUAUUCUCAGACCAAGGGUGCAGGAUCUGUACUGAGUUUUUUUACAGGGUCAUUGGCACUCUCUAAGCAUGUAGUUGAGGCAACCAAAUACUUCAGCAUUACUGUCAGUUUUGGAAGUGUGAAGUCACUCAUAUGCCUGCCUUGCUUCAUGUCCCAUGUGGCUAUACCUGCUGAAGUACGCGAGUCUAGAGGUCUUACUGAGGAUCUAGUUCGAAUUUCUGUUGGGAUUGAAGAUGUCAAUGAUUUGAUAGCCGAUCUAGACAAUGCACUUAGAACUGGGCCUGCAUAACUUCAGGCGCUUCACUAGAGUUUAUCUCGUGGAUUACAGAUGCCAAUCUUGAUGCCCUUUCAAAUAAAUGCCAGUUUGCAUCACGCGAUGAGUCAAGAUUGCCAGCUAGGGGAUCGUCAGCUGGCACUCGUAUACUCAACGUGUGCUCUCUCUUGUAGUUACCAGUUUGUUCAUAAAUCCAAGAGUUAGCUUAACUAAAGGUGAUGAAAGGCAUGGUGUUAAAUGUCAUCUUGUUGUUUCUGCACCUCUGGGUUUUGGAAAGAAUGAUAUAAGCAAUGAAGUUGCGCAAGUUCAACA